AUGGCGAACAUCGACAUGGCGGCGGUGCUGGCGGACCUGGAGCGGGACGCGGCGGCGGACGCGCGGACGCCGCGGACCAAGCUGGUGUGCACGCUCGGCCCGGCCUCCCGCUCCGUGCCCAUGCUCGAGAAGCUGCUCCGCGCCGGCAUGAACGUCGCGCGCUUCAACUUCUCCCACGGCACCCACGAGUACCACAAGGAGACCCUCGACGCCCUCCGCCAGGCCAUGCACAACACCGGCAUCCUCUGCGCCGUCAUGCUCGACACCAAGGGACCUGAGAUUCGUACUGGAUUUUUGAAGGAUGGUAAACCAAUCAAACUGACAAAGGGUCAAGAAAUCACUGUUUCCACCGACUAUGAUAUCAAGGGCGACACGAACACGAUCUCCAUGAGUUACAAGAAACUUCCUCAGGAUGUGAAGCCUGGGCAUGUCAUACUAUGUGCUGAUGGUACCAUCUCCUUGGCUGUUCUCUCUUGUGACCCAGCAGCUGGAACUGUCAGAUGUAGGUGUGAGAACACUGCAAUGCUUGGAGAGAGGAAGAAUUGUAAUCUGCCAGGAAUUGUUGUGGACCUUCCUACACUAACGGAGAAGGAUAAGGAGGACAUUUUGGAAUGGGGUGUGCCUAAUGACAUUGACAUGAUUGCUUUGUCGUUUGUCCGCAAAGGAUCAGAUUUGGUGACCGUCAGGCAGCUUCUUGGACAGCAUGCAAAGCGCAUCAAGUUAAUGUCAAAGGUUGAAAACCAGGAGGGCAUUGUGAACUUUGAUGACAUUCUGAGGGAAACCGAUGCCUUUAUGGUUGCCAGAGGUGAUCUUGGAAUGGAGAUUCCAGUUGAGAAGAUAUUCCUUGCCCAAAAAAUGAUGAUUUACAAGUGCAACCUUGCUGGCAAGCCUGUUGUCACAGCGACCCAGAUGCUUGAGUCAAUGAUCAAGUCCCCGAGGCCAACCCGUGCCGAGGCUACUGACGUCGCAAAUGCGGUGCUUGAUGGAACCGACUGUGUCAUGCUCAGUGGUGAAAGCGCUGCUGGAGCAUACCCUGAGGUGGCUGUGAAGAUCAUGGCUCGCAUCUGCGUGGAGGCAGAGUCUUCCCUGGACAACGACGCCGUCUUCAAGGAGAUGAUCAAGGCCGCGCCCCUCCCGAUGAGCCCGCUGGAGUCCCUUGCGUCUUCCGCCGUGCGGACCGCCAACAAGGCCAGGGCCACUCUGAUCGUCGUCCUGACCCGUGGCGGCACCACAGCUAAGCUGGUUGCCAAGUACCGGCCCAGGGUCCCGAUCCUCUCGGUGGUCGUCCCAGUGCUGACAACCGACUCGUUUGACUGGACCGUCAGCUCCGAGGGCCCUGCCAGGCACAGCCUGAUCUACAGGGGCCUGAUCCCGCUCCUCGCCGAGGGCUCCGCCAAGGCCACCGACUCGGAGUCGACGGAGGAGAUCCUCCAGGCCGCGCUCAAGUCGGCCGUGAAGAAGCAGCUCUGCAAGGCCGGCGACGCCGUCGUCGUCCUGCACCGUAUUGGCAUGGCCUCCGUCAUCAAGAUCUGCACCGUCAAGUCUCUCUGGUCUUUCUCCUGGAGACGAACUGAUUAA